AUGUCGGGUGGAUUUUCUUUUAACGCGCCAUCAUCCACUGGAGCUCCCAGUGGUGGGCUUUUCGGGUCGAAAACACCAACAGCCACGACUGGGGGCGGCUUGUUUGGAAAUCUAGGAGGUGCUUCAAGCGGCGCUUCAUCUCCAUCACUAUUUGGCACGGCAAACACCAGCUCUACGCAAAAUAAUCCUUUUGGUGCCAAAACAACAGGUGCUGGAAGCGGUGCCAGUACUCCUGCUUUCAGUUUCGGUGGCGCAGCAUCUCCGUUCGGCGGCAUGAACCAAACUCCAAACAAAACCACAGAGGCAGCCGCUCCUGCUCCGACGCAGACAGCUGGUGGUCUGUUUGGUGCGAAGCCUGGUGCUGGCGGUGGUCUUUUCGGCAGCAAUACUCCAGCUCAGACAAAACCCGCUUCAAACAUGUUCACCACAACACCAGCCAAUCCCCCUCCUGGUGGUACUACAGGGUCGGCACCGUCUCUUUUCGGUGCCCAGACCACUCAACAAACACUGCCUGGUGGUGGACAAACUUCACAAACGACAGCUACUGGAACAAUCACGACAUCUCAGCCMCCCGCCGGUGGUCUAUUUGGACAAGCUCCCGUCGCUACCGACAAGCCGCGAUUCGGUGCUGCACCUUCUACCACAGGCGGAGGUACUCUUUUUGGUGCUCCUAAGCCUCCAGCGACAUCAGAGGGCGCUGCCAAACCUCUUUUUGGCGCUGCGGCGGCAUCUCCUACAACUACCACACAAGCACCAUCCAGUCUAUUCAAGCUCCCUGCUGCCAAUGCUGGAGGCAAUGCGCCUGCUUCUCCGUUUGGUGCUCCAGCAGCAACCGCAUCACCAUUACAACCCACAACAACGGCUGCAUCUGAAGCCACUCCUCAGAAAAGUCUAUUCAGUUUAGGUGGCACAUCGUCUACUACUCCUUCAUCAACACCUGCAGCUGCUCCUUCACUUUUUAGCCUCGGAAAGCCAGCAGAAACUACUGCAACUAGCACACCGACCACUGCAGCAGCCCCGGCAACGACGGCGCCAAGUGGUGGACUAUUCGGCGCGAAACCAGCAGCCACAACUACUACAACUACAGCGGCGCCGGCCACAACUGCAACUACUGCCCCCGCUACUACGACUACGGCAACCCCUGCUGCCGCAGCUCCAGCAGCUCCUAGCGGUGCUCCCAAAGCAGCAACGCCAAAUCUUGGAGCUUCGACAUUCGGACCCACACCACCUGCUCAGUCACGCCUGAAGAACAAAACUAUGGACGAGAUUAUCACGCGGUGGGCCACCGAUCUCACAAAAUACCAAAAGGAGUUCAAGGAGCAAGCUGAGAAGGUAGCGGAAUGGGAUCGCAUGCUUGUGGCCAAUAGCGGCAAGGUGCAGAAAAUAUUCGGAAACACAGUUGAUGCAGAGCGUGCGACUCAGGAAGUCGAACGUCAACUUGCAUCGGUUGAAGGACAACAAGAAGAACUCAACGCAUGGCUCGAUCGAUAUGAGCGGGAGGUCGAUGAGAUGCUAUCGAAGCAGGUUGGUCCAGGCGAGACUCUUCAGGGACCUGAUCAGGAGCGCGAGAGAACUUACAAACUCGCGGAGAAGCUUUCUGAGCGCUUGGAUGAAAUGGGCAAGGAUCUAGGAAGCAUGAUUGAAGAAAUCAACAACGCAUCUUCUUCAUUGAGCAAGACCAACAAGACGGAUGAACCGAUUUCCCAAAUCGUCCGCAUCCUCAACUCACAUCUCUCCCAACUCCAAAUGAUCGACCAAGGCACAGCCGAGCUCCAGGCCAAGGUCAGCGCAGCACAAAAGGCAGGGCAAUCAUUGGGCUCGCGACUGGGUGGUUACGGACAGAACGGAGGCAGCAUUGGAGUCGGAGGAAGUGCAGCUGAUGACUUUUAUCGGUCGUACAUGGGUCGCCGAUAA